CAAAAUGUCUCAGGUGUAUGAAAACAUCUUUCGUGACGCUCUGAAAGAUUUCAGAGUUUCGGAGGAAGGCCUGAUUUCAGGCUAUUGUAGUUCGUUGGAGGAGGUGGAAACACUGCUCGGUCAGCUGAAAACUGUGGGGUUUUCACACUGUGUGAGAAGUCGUUUUAAAGAGCCAUCUUCAGAUGUUAUGAAAAGUAAAACAAAACAUUGCUUCAAGCAAAUGCAGGGACAUGUCCCUAUCCCCUUUUUUGGUUGUGCAUUUGCAGUGGAGAGUGUGUGGCCAAAAUACUAUAAAAGUAGAGUGUCUAGUGUACCUGAGCACUUGGUAAUAUCAUGCUGUGUUAAGAUAGACUUACUUUCCAUAAAACAAGUUAGUUACAGGGAAAGUUUAUUAAAUAAAUUUUAUAGUAGUUCUUUACCCUCUUUAGGAAGACCAUGUGACUCCUCGUAA